AUGCCCAGUGUUUGCUAUCCUGGAAGGGUCCACCGGACGUACCUAUUUCCUGUUCAGGUUAUUCUCCGCAUGGGGUACCCCACAGUUCUUGUGUAUUGUUACGGGGUGCAUACGGGGUACUUUCGUGAGUUGUGGCUUAUUUAUUCCAGUCCUAUUGCUGGUACGAUCAUUAUUCAAGACAAUAUAUUAUCCCUCAGCCGCUGUUCUGAUUAUCUAUUUGAGUUCAUCCUUCCGUUCGGGAUCAUUUUCCCCGAGAGCCUAAUAUAUAAACCUCUUGGUACCUCCCGAAGCCGCCGCCGAGCUUACUCCGUGUCCUGCGUACUAGGUACUCAGUUAAGGGGUCGGUUAUUAAUUGGUUAUUAA